GGCAGUCGAUUCUGGCAUCGUUAAAAUAACCCUCGUCUCGUAUCGUUUUGUUACAUAUACCACGCUUAGUUUACUUGCUAUCCACGUGAAUUGAUACCAUUUUUUUAAAAAUUGAUUAAACACUACUUUUUACAACGUCAUAUUUUUAAUUCCGUUAAAAAAAAAAUAACAUUUGUGCGUCUGUGAAAAUAUUUUCUCAUUCUUUCAUAAAGGUCUAAAUUGUAAACUGAAAGGACUGAAUCCCUUUAGUCUCCCAACUUGACGCAAACGAAACCAAGUCUUGUUUUCAUAGAAUGGAAAUGCGUUCGCAGCAAAGUGCACAGAAAAAUUGCAAGGAACAUUUUUAUUAAAACAAAAAAACUAGGAUUUAAUAGAUAUUUCAACAGAUUGCUGAUGUCAAAAGGUUUACCAUAAUUUAAGCACUUAUUAGUGAGUAUGGGCAAGAGAAAUUCAAAACUAAAGCAAGACACAAUUGAAAAAUUAAUAGAAGACACAUACUUUUCGGAAAGAGAAAUAAGACAAUGGCAUAAAGGAUUUCUAAAGGAUUGCCCAAACGGAUUGCUCACCGAACAAGGCUUCAUAAAAAUUUACAGACAGUUUUUCCCUCAAGGAGAUCCGACAAAAUUUGCCUCGCUUGUAUUCAGAGUAUUUGACGAGAACAAAGAUGGCUCAAUAGAGUUUGAAGAAUUCAUCAAAGCAUUAUCAGUAACGUCUAGAGGAAAUUUGGAUGAAAAACUGCACUGGGCUUUUCGUCUGUAUGAUGUAGACAAUGAUGGGUUUAUCACUAGAGAUGAAAUGUACAAUAUUGUCGAUGCUAUCUAUCAAAUGGUGGGUCAACAGCCUCAAGCUGAAGAUGAGAAUACACCACAGAAAAGAGUGGACAAAAUUUUUGAUCAAAUGGAUAAAAAUCAUGACGAUAAACUUACCUUAGAAGAAUUCCGGGAAGGAAGCAAAGCUGAUCCAAGAAUAGUACAAGCACUUUCACUGGGAGGUGAUCACACUACACCUGCUCCACAAUUAUCAGCUACUUAAAUAAUCCACUACAUGUAUACAACUUGACUCAAAAGUGUUCAUACAAUUUUAUAAUUUAUAAAUAAAUUAAAAAUAAUUUUUACUUAAAUUAUCUUAUAGAAAACACUUUAAUUAAUUUUUUUAUUAUACUUGCUGUGACUCAUUUUUAAUAUAACAUACGAAAUUAUCCAUUAGAAAUAUUUAACUGCACAACACACGUAUGCAUUUAUUAAAUACCUCAAAAUGAGGUAGACUUAAGGUAUAUUGUAUGAAACAAGUUCAUUCUGCCGAUUAAACUAAAAUCAGUAAAUAGGAUAUGUAUAAUAAUUCAUGAUCUAAAUGUUUUAACUUUUUAUACCAUUUGUUAAUACUAUACUUUUGGAAUUUUACCUUUAAAUAAUAUAUAUAUAUAUAUUAUAUAUUUACAUGUUUAUGCUAUUCCAAAAUUCUUUUAAGAAAAAUUUUAGAGUUUUUAAUUUAGGUUUCAUUUGCUUGAUUUUUAAUGAUGAUACUGACAUUAAAUUUGAACUAAUAGUAAUUAUGGUAAUGUUAUAACAAAAUAUGUUAUAUACUGAAACAAUGUAUUAUAAUUUUAUAUGAAAAAUACAUGCAUACAUUUAUUUCUAUUUACAAAAUAUUACUAAUAUAUUAGUGCUUACAAGUCACAAAAAUAAACUUUUUAUU